AAGACAAUAGCAAAAAGUCGAAUAUAAAACUUUAUUUGGUAGCCACUCCAGUAUGAGUGGUAACUAUGCCCAACGAACAGCUGAAAAUGUUAAGAAAUGUUCAGGCUGGGCUUAUUUCAAAGAAAAAAAAAAGUGCAGUGUCAGAUCUGGCCUCAAGUUGCUUUUCGUGCUGCCCUGAUAGGUCAUGUAAGGACACUGGCACUGCAACCGAGACGUAAUGCAGCCUCCUUAUUUGCACUUGAAAAAAAUGAACACGUUUAUUCAUUAACUUUAAAAAACUAACCAGAUGACAAUAUUCUCCAAACUAUCAUCUACUGAUAUAUCUACAUCUAGUAAUGAUAUAUUUAUUACAUUUUAAGAACACCGAAAGUCGCUGAGGAAUGACGUCACAUCACAUUGAAUAAUGACGCUGAUCAUUGUUUAAAAAAACGCUGUCAAAAUUUCAGAAUUAGGUCAGCGACCCAAAGAAGCACUAGAGAAGACCCUAUGCUUGUAACCUUGGUUUUAAUUAAUGAAGCGUUACACGACGUUUGCCAGGACACAACCUGCUCGGAAGAGGGUGAGAGAUGGCCGGUGUUCCCAGCAUCUGUAGACGGGCGUCGUAGCCGCUCUACCGGUUCGUUUGUGCUGAUACCUCCAGCCGUCGGCUUCGGGAAACCGACAGAGGAGCCCGGUGAACGUCCGCGCCGUCUCGGCCCGGCUUUGGUCGAAUGGUUAGCCACUGGGUGGGCACUCUACAAGAGAGAGACAGACAGACGCCGAAAGCUUCUCUGGGGACUCCCAGGAAAUUAGUCCUCGCUUCGACAGCCUGGCAGCAACACGGCGCUCGCUCACGCUCGUGUAGUUGUAGGUUUGGGGAGCAGAUGGACCAAUUUUCAUGAGGGUAGUAGAAAUUGAAGGCGUCUUGCUAUGUGAGCACAGCAACAUGAGACAUGUGAGCCUCGACGAUUCUGUCUCAGACUGUCUUUUUCCUGAGUAGAAGGUUGCCCAUUUUGACAAUGUCGAGCCGCCGAAAGUCGACCACGCCUUGCAUGGUACUACCCUCUGACGAGUUGGAAGCGACAGCUGAAAGGACAACGGAAGUAGGGGCGGAGGGGACGGUAGAUGAGGUUCAAACAGCAGUGGAGCUGGAUCAAACUGUAGUGGUUGUCCCCACACCACCAGAUACCGGCGAGUCCAAUAGCCUGGAGGACAAAGAGGUGCUCGGUCCAUCAAUAAACUGUAGCUCUGCUACCCCACCUGAGAGUCAGGGUUGUGACCAGCUGAACAAGGAUCAGCAUUGUGACGCACUCGAGGAAGUCGGAGUCGAUGCCACAAGUGCUGGCGCCAUCUCACUAAGCAAGACGCCAAUCAUGAGGAUGAAGACCAAAUCUGAACCCAAGAGAAUCGCCGUGUCCCUUAAAACUUCAGAUGAAGCCGUGGAGUACUUUGAAGGAGGCGGUGAGGGCGAGUUAGAAGCGGAGCAGCAGCCAAUUGAAGCUCCUCUGGGACCAACAGCAUCUGUAGAGAUGCUCCUGCAUGACUCCAUGAAGCUUGGAGCAGGAAACCUAUUGGUCAGCCAAUCCUUGGAGCAGCCAAGGAAGUCAUCAAUAUUAAAUCCCACUGUUAUUCCUCCUGGCCUGGCACAGGUACUUUCUGCUUUCCAGGCCCAGCAGAAUACAUCAGCUCAACCCCAAUUGCUGAUUCCUCUCAGCAGUAUUCCCGCUUAUAGUGCAGCUAUGGACAUCAACCCUUUGCUGGGUAGCACCUACAAGAAGUUUCCCUAUCCCUCCAUGGCUGAGAUCAGCAGUCUGGCAGGGCAGACCCAGUUCACAGAAGAGCAAAUUAAGGUGUGGUUCUCAGCCCAGCGGCUGAAGCACGGUGUCAGCUGGACCCCAGAAGAAGUAGAGGAGGCCAGGAGGAAACAGUUUAAUGGCACUGUGCACACGGUUCCUCAAACCAUUACUGUCAUACCUGCUCACCAGCUCUCUGCUGCCAAUGGCCUACAGUCCAUUCUGCAGACCUGCCAGAUUGUGGGCCAGCCUGGCUUGGUGUUCACACAGGUUGCACCGGGAGGGAAUCUUCCAGUGACCAAUCCUAUCACCCUGACAGUGGCAGGACUACCAAGCCAAUCCCAGAGCUCCAGCAGAGUUUCUUGCCAGUCGACCCCAACAAAUAGUGAGCUUAAACGGGCUACCACUGUACAGCCCCCCUCACUUUCCCCACAGGAGAACUCUGCCCUGAGUGCGGACACGUUCAGUCUGCGGCCAAAGAAGUCCAAAGAGCAGCUGGCAGAGUUGAAAGCCAGCUAUCUUAAAAACCACUUUGUCAGUGAUGCAGAAAUUGCCCGUUUGAUGAAGAUCACCAAUCUAACCAAGGGAGAGAUUAAAAAAUGGUUUAGUGACACGAGAUACAACCAGCGCAACUCCAAGAACAGCAAUGUCAUUGUUUUCCAUGACGGAGGCGGCAGAGGAGGCGGUGGCUGUAGCAGCGGCGGGAACACCACCAUUGUCAUUGACUCAAGCGAUGAAACCCCGGCAUCCCCUCAUCCUCCAUACACGCUCCCUGUGAAGGAGAAGGAGACACGGCCCAAGACAUGGAAUCCGUUCCCAGACUUCACUCUGCAGAAAUUUAAGGAGAAGACACCUGAGCAGUUGGUGGUGUUGGAGGAGAGCUUUGAGAAGGGGAGCACGCCGUCUGAUGAAGAGCUGAGUCGUCUGAGAACAGAGACUAAAUUGACACGGAGGGAGAUUGAUGCCUGGUUCACAGAAAGACGGAAAAUGCCGACAAUUUGCACCCCCUCCCCAGAGUCUUCUGAGGCAGGACGUAUAGAUGCCGGUGGAGGGAAAGCUGGAGAAAUCACUGCUGCUUCUCGUGCCACUUCCUCCUCUCGUCCUGGAGGACGGAUUAAGCAGAUGCCAACCAGCAGCUGCAACAACAACAACAACAGCAGCAGCAGCAGAGACAUCAAAGAUAAGACCAAAAAGACUCCAGAGCAACUCCACAUUUUGAAAAGUGCCUUUGUGCGGACUCAGUGGCCCACAACUGAAGAAUAUGACCAGCUAGUCGAGGAGAGUGGCCUCCCCCGACCCUACAUUGUCAGCUGGUUCGGAGACUCACGGUACUCCUGGAAGAACGGUAACCUGAAAUGGUUCUUUCAGUAUCAAAGUGGCAACGUGGAAGGCCCGAAUGGUGGUGGAAGUCACAAAAUGGGAGGUGGUGGCAGUCGAAAAAGACGUGUCCGAAAUCGCGGUUGGGGCAGAUCCCGAACUCGAAAGCAUUCAAGGCGGUUAGCAUCCUUUGGUUCAGACUCGGAGAGAUGCCCCCCACCAAAGAAAUUCAAGAGUGGUAGGGACAUCUUGAAGGAGUAUUACCUGAAGCACCGCUUCCUCAAUGAGCAAGACCUGGAUGAGCUUGUCACCAAGACCAACAUGAGCUAUGAACGGGUGCGAGAAUGGUUUGCUGAGGUCCAGAGACGCCUGGACGUGGGUGCAGACCCCUUCCAGGAGCCGGCUUUGGGCAUGGCGGACGGAGGAGAGGAAGCCAAUGAAAUAAGGGGGUCGACAUCACACGCCAGCAAGACGACGAGAGGCGACGGAAUGGGAGACGAAGAGGAGAAUGAGGACGAUGAAGAGCAUGAUGAAGAGGAUACAGAUGACAGUGAGGUUUGGGAGCCGUCACGCAGCGUGAGGAAAUCCUUGUCUGUAUCUGAAGACUAAAUCUGUGCACAAAGCUCAAUGGAAACAUUGAGUAUGUUCCAAGUAUUUGCAAAUGUGUCGACAUGACUAUUAUUAUUCUUAUUAUUAUUAGCUGUCUCCCCCUUUCUCAACCCUCAUCUGAAUGACGUUAUUAAAAUAACCAGAGCAGCAUUUUUGUCACACCCCAAAAUAUCUUAAAAGAAUACAUUCAUUAUGAAACCCCCCCCCCCCCCGCACCC